AUUAAUUGGCUUGUUAACAUGCUUUCUGGGAAAGCUACAUCUGAGCCAGGCACAAAGAAAAAGAAAAAAGACAGUGCAGUGUUGAUGCAAAGGCCAGUUAUUUGUAUAUGUAAUGAGCUCUACACUCCAGCUCUUCGUCCUUUAAGGCAAUUAGCUCUUGUCAUCCAGUUCCCUCCAACUCAUAAUACAAGACUUGCCCAGAGACUUUCUGAGGUGUGCAGAAAGCAACACUUGAAAGCUGACCUCACCGUAUUAUUGGCCUUAUGUGACAAGAUGGAAAAUGAUAUACGAGGGUGUAUGUCAGUUCUGCAGUUUGUCAGGAGUACCAAAAGUGAUCUCCGGUUGAAUGAUGUUGAUGGUUCAGCUGUUGGACAAAAGGAUUACCAGCGGUCCCUCUUCAGUGUCUGGCAUGAUAUCUUCUCUUUACCAAGGCCUAAGAAGAAACGAAGAGUUAAUCCUCAUGAGCUUCAGCAUAAUGAUGGUGUUUUGAUACCAAUGCCUGAUCUCAGUGGAGAUUUGGAAGAUUUUGGAGAGCACACAACUCUAACUUCAAGAUACCAAAGAAUCCUGAAGACAGUAGAAUCCUGUGGCGAGUACGAAAAAUUGACUCAAGGGUGGUUCGAAAAUUAUCUGACAAUGAAAUUCAAGCAUACUCAUAUGGAGCCUGUUUCCCGUGGUCUUGAAUGGGCAGUUUUUUCUGACAUAGUAAAGAAAGAAAUCAUGCAUAGCCAAGCUUGGAUAAUGUUAGCCUUUCUUCCUUACUCCUGUGUUGCUUAUCAUCUCUUGUUUGCUACUCAUCAGUGGCCUAAGAUUCAAUUUCCUACUCAAGUAUCAGAGAUGAAUCAGAAAAUUGCAAAGACAGUUAGCCUUUUAACAUCCAUGGUCAGUGAAAUGAGCCCUGCUACAAGGUCAUUUGCUGAUAAUGUAAUUCUUGUUCGGGACAUUCUUCCUUUUCUUUUACAGAUCAUUCAACCAAAUCUUCGUCCUGUCAAUACUCAGCUCUACAGUAAGCAAGAGAAAGAAGAACUUGCAAGACUGAUUAACACUAUGAUUAGUUACAAUCUCACAUAUACUCAAGAAAGGAGUUUAGAUGGACAGUACUCUUUCACUCUUGAUCCGUAA